CAUGAUUUUUUGGUGAUAUACAUAUACAUACAUAUAAAGAGAGUUUAUUUGAUAAAAACAUUAUUCCAUGGGUUGCAUUGAUAACGCCUCUAUUCAAUGAUAGAGAUGACACUUUCUGGGUUUGUUAUUGAUUUUUUACAGGUAUAUCUCAUUAAUGGUGUUAUGUCGUCUGCUACGAACUGAUUUCAAGAAUAUUUAGCGGGAAUAGUUCUGAUUAACAGGUAGUCCACUGUUAAACAUCAUACCUGCUAGGAUACACAUUUCCGAGAAAAUUCAAAGCAGUGGAUAAUUCACAGAACUUUUCCAAAGUACAAAUCACGUGACGUUUAAAAACACCACAACAUAGUCAAUGUAUACUGAUUUUGAAUUCAAUUUUCAUUGGCAUAAUAUGUUAUCAAUAAAAUGUUGAUGGAAUUCAAAAUAAUUGUAGGAUUGGUCCUUGUGAUUGAGUUCCUCACAGGAGUCUUUUUCAACAUAGCUGUUCUUCUACUGCCGGCUCCGAAAUGGUCGAAAAACAUGACAACCGGCAACAACUUAAUCAGAAAUCUACAUAUUUUUGAUUUGUCAAUUUGUGUAUUUUUAAUCCCGAUAACGUUCGCUGUAUUAAUGCAUUCGCCUCACGUCAAUGAAAUAUUGUGUUUUUUCCAUGAAUCACUUAUUGCUUUCUCUGCUAGUGGAUUGUGUGUGAAUGUACUAUUUAUCAGUUUAGAAAGAUAUGGCUCGGUAGCAUCAUUAAUGUUUCAACCAGGAAAAAAUCCGAAAGUAUUUGUCACGAUCAUUUGGAUUGUGGCCACUGUUGGAUUUGUUCUACCGUGGAUCAAUCUUGCUUUUAAAACUACAGAUAUUGCAGCAGUUAUAAAAGCGGAAGAAAACAAAAGUCUCAUUGACUGUGAACACUUAAUAACAUCAUAUAAUGAAUAUAACAUUUACGAAAUUUAUGCACUUGGUAUAUUCGGUUUAUCAUUUACAGGUAUUGUUUUUUGCUAUGUUGGCAUUUAUAAAAUUGCUAAAAAACGUUUAAAAUUAAAGGAAGACAAUGGAGGGACUUCAAAGCUGCAAUCAGUUUCAAAACAGAACCAAGAAAAAAGAGCGUUCAAGGUGACCGUAUCCAUCGUUGGAUGUUUUUUGUUCUGUUGGUCGUUAUUUGUAACAGUCAGUUUGGUAGAGAUGGUUGUCCCGCCCAGUACAGCAGUGAAUGGUACGCACCUCGUCUCACUCACAGUUGUGUUUUUAUCCACCGUGAUUCAUCCUAUACUUUAUAGGUUUAUUCAUGGAGAUAUCAAACGCAUGUUUAAAAGGAGGGGAGAUACUACAGAAAAUUCACUAUCAUUUACUAAAAGCAAUGCUGUGGGUCCAACUACUACAACACAAAAGACUAUGGUUGAAUCUAUAGAACCUGAUUCUAUGAUAAGUAAUCCGACGACAACUUAUCACACAGAUAAGCCACGAACAAUCUAAAACAAUUUGCAAGUACCAACAGAACACAUUCCGUCAUUGCGGUCACAAAUAACCAAUAUUGGUGAAAAAGACUCAAUAUUUAUCAGCUCAGCAUAAUUUAAACUGUGAUAAUUUCAAUGUAAUAUUCUUUAUAAAAUUCUACAGCUUUAUGACCGUCUUUGGUAAAUGAUUUUAUUUACAGUAUCAUGGAAUUUACCAGCUGAUGCGUUGUUUUGUUUUAAAAACACAUUUUAUAGGUCGGUGAACUAUUUAAAGAGAAAUAAUUCAUUUUAACUAAGGGAUGUAUCAAAUUUACUCUUUCAAAUAAAACACUGAAAAGAAGGAAAAAAAUCUACACAUUCAAUUUCCCAAUCACUAAGUAAAUACUUUGAAUCAGGAAUAAUAUUAAAGAAAAUAUAAGUUCAAUACGACUUCCUGUUUCCUCACUAAAAAUAAUAAAUACAGAUAUUGAAAUAAUGAAAUACUUAUAUAUGCACUUAUGUAUUUAGAAAUAAUUAACUAUACAAAGUUUUGUUUUUGAUUUAUUUAAUAUUGAGGUACUAGUACUUUCGUUUUACACAUUACAAAUUGAAAUUUGUGAUACUGUUUUAUACUGAAUGAUUUAUGUGCUUAUUGAAUCGAUAUCAAAGUCAAAUAUGAAUAAAAUGAGACGUGAGGUAGUCGUCAA